AUGUCAACAUCAUCUAAAGCUAUUGGUAUCGAUUUAGGAACAACAUACUCUUGUGUCGCCGUAUGGCAAAAUGACAGAGUUGAAAUCAUUGCCAACGACCAAGGAAACCGUACCACUCCUUCAUACGUUGCAUUCACCGACACCGAACGUCUCAUCGGUGACGCCGCUAAGAAUCAAACCGCUAUGAACCCAUACAACACCGUUUUCGAUGCUAAGCGUUUGAUCGGUCGUAAAUUCUCAGAUGACGACGUCCAAUCAGAUGCUAAGCACUGGCCAUUCAAGCUCAUUCAAGACUCUGCUGAUAAGCCAAAGAUUGAAGUCGAAUACAAGGGCGAGAAGAAGCAAUUCACCCCAGAAGAAGUUUCCGCUAUGGUUCUCGUAAAGAUGAAGGACAUCGCUGAGGCUUACCUCGGUACUACCGUUAAGGAUGCCGUUGUCACUGUACCAGCUUACUUCAAUGACUCACAACGUCAAGCUACUAAGGACGCUGGUUUAAUCGCCGGUUUGAACGUUAUGCGUAUCAUUAACGAACCAACCGCUGCUGCUAUCGCUUACGGUCUCGACAAGAAGACCGAAGGCGAGCGUAACGUCUUGAUUUUCGAUCUUGGUGGUGGUACUUUCGAUGUUUCCCUCCUCACCAUCGAGGAAGGUAUCUUCGAAGUCAAGUCCACCGCUGGUGACACCCACCUUGGUGGUGAAGAUUUCGACAACCGUCUCGUUAACCACUUCGUUCAAGAAUUCAAGAGAAAGAACAAGAAGGAUAUUUCAGGUAACGCUCGUGCUAUGCGUCGUCUCCGUACCACAUGUGAACGUGCCAAGCGUACCCUUUCAUCAGCUGCUCAAACUACCAUCGAAAUUGACUCCCUCUUCGAAGGAAUGGACCUUUACUCCUCAAUUACCCGUGCUCGUUUCGAAGAACUCUGUCAAGACCUCUUCCGUAACACCAUGGACCCAGUUGAAAGCGUUCUCCGUGACGCAAAGGCUGACAAGUCAUCUGUUCACGACAUUGUUCUCGUUGGUGGUUCAACCCGUAUUCCAAAGAUCCAAAAGCUUGUCGCUGACUUCUUCAACGGCAAGGAAGCUAACCGCUCUAUCAACCCAGAUGAAGCUGUUGCUUUCGGUGCUGCUGUCCAAGCUUCUAUCCUUUCUGGUGACACCUCAGAGAAGACUCAAGACUUGCUCCUUCUCGAUGUUGCCCCACUCUCAACUGGUAUUGAAACCGCUGGUGGUGUCAUGACUGCCCUCAUCAAGCGUAACACUACUGUCCCAACCAAGAAGUCUGAAGUCUUCUCAACUUACGCUGACAACCAACCUGGUGUCUUGAUCCAAGUCUUCGAAGGUGAACGUGCACGUACAAAGGACAACAACCUCCUCGGUAAAUUCGAACUUUCAGGUAUCCCACCAGCACCACGUGGUGUUCCACAAAUCGAAGUUACCUUCGACAUUGACGCUAACGGUAUCUUGAACGUCAACGCUGCUGACAAGACUACCGGUAAAUCAAACAAGAUCACCAUCACCAACGACAAGGGUCGUCUCUCUAAGGAAGACAUUGAAAGAAUGGUUUCAGAUGCUGAGAAGUACAAGGCUGAAGAUGAGGAAGCUGCUUCACGUAUCCAAGCCCGUAACGGUCUCGAAUCAUACGCUUACAACCUCCGUAACGCUAUGAACGAUGACAACCUCAAGGACAAGUUCUCCGAGGAUGACAAGAAGAAGCUCGAUGAAGCUGUCAACGAAACCAUCUCAUUCUUGGACAACUCUGAAGCUGCAUCAAAGGAUGAAUUCGAAUCACGUCAAAAGGAGCUCGAAGCUACAGCAUCACCAAUCAUGCAAAGAUUGUACGGUGGCGCUGAAGGUGGUAUGCCAGGUGCUGCUCCAGGUGGUGAACAACCAUCCGCUGGAAACGAUGGUCCAUCAGUUGAAGAAGUUGACUAA